AUGUCCUCACCCGAGAUAACCAUAGCACCUAGUGAUCUUGGCCACGUGCUCCCACCCGAGAUAACCAUAGCACCGAGCAACCCACAAUAUUCCACGAGCUUGAUAUUAUCAAAAUAUGCAUUUCUUCGAGUGAGCUUGUCACUCGGGGGCGCAGGAAUAACAGAGGAAGCAAACUUCUCGGUAGCAAAGUCGAAAGACACGAUAAACCAAGGAUCCGAGAGAUUUAACCACCAUCACAGCUGGAGUGAGUGGGUAACCUUCAGUUUUGCCAUCACCGAGCUUCAACAAUCUUAUCACCUUUAUCCGUACCUUUUGUCAAAGGAUGAGGGUGGUGGCGGAAGGAUUUUGAAUUCCUUUGUGGUCGGGUUCCACAAAGCCUCCCCUGGAGGCUUUGUAACUGGAUCAUACGAUGGUGGUACCAAAAGCAGCAACAAACCAUUGCAAAUAGAUGAGGGAUAG